AUGCCUCUCCAGUACCAGAUCGGGCCGUUUCAAGCCCCUUUGCUCCUCGACGACGAGAGUGUCCGGUCGACCAACCUAUCAAAGCAGUCCUCUCAUUCCGAAAACCUCCCUGACAGGGCCCCUUUUCUGCUCCGUGCCCACAGUAGCACCUCGAGGAGCUUCUACACGCCCGAGCCGCAGCCGGCCCGAGCCUCUUUCCUCUCACGAGCCAACAGUCGCCGUUCACAACCGCCCGAGAAGACAUCCUACCACUCCCUACAAGCAGAGUUGGGCGACAGAUCUGGACAGGAGUUUUGGCUGCACACGCGAAAGUCUUUUCUUCUCAAGAUCGCAGUCGUCUUCGUCCUGCUGCAGCUGCUUUUCCUGGCAAACUUGUCGUACCUCUACGGAUCUCUGUGGGGAUCCAACAGCCGUGUCUCCUCGUUGAAUGUUUUGUGGCUGGACCUCGACGGUGGGACAAUCGGUGACUCUGUCAACAGUGCUUACGAGGGCCUUCGAGGCCCCAGCUUCCCUUCAUUCGAGAAGCCUUCUGCCAAUGGACCGAGCUCUCUUGCUGAAGCAGAGGACGCAGUCAAAUCUGGCUCGUACUGGGCGGCUUUCGUGGUAAACCCCAAUGCGUCGGCGAGGCUUGAUGGUGCCCUCGCCGGUGGCCAAGCGGCUCAGACGUACCAGGCCUCGGAUGCUCUCACAUACAUAUGGAACGAGAUCAGAUACCCUCCAUUCUCGGACGAGGCGUUGGAGUCCAAUUUCGAGGUCCUGGCAGAGGCUGCCGAACAAGACUAUCACCACAGACAUGGCCAAGCCGUGCUGCAGACUCUGAACCGAAACCACAGUGCCGCCGUGCAGGUCCUGUUCCACCCUAUCGGGAUCUCUGCUGUCAACAUUAUGAAAGCCACUCACCCGACAAGGUUGCUAUACAACACAGCGACGAUGGUGAUGCCAGUGCUCGAACAGUUCUUUUUCGUGUUAAUUCUAAACGGUCUCUCCAAUGAACUGGGGAUAUACAAACAGGUGCCCCCGACUACCACUGGGAUUAUCCGCGUGAUUUUUGCCUCUGGCUACACCCUGUUCUCCGGACUCGGCAUGGCCGGAUACAUCUGGGCAUUCCGAGAAUCAUGGUCGGUUGAUGCGGCGCAGUUCGCCUUGACAUGGAUGACCUUUUGGUUGCUUCACAUGGUACACUUUGUCGUUGUCGACACAGCGGCCGCCUUCUGGCCUGUCCCCGUCAUGCCAUUUUUCAUUCUGACCUGGAUUGUUAUCAACUUGUCGAGCUCCAUCAGCCCGCCCGAGCUCAAUCCGGCGUUUUAUCGCUGGGGCUUUGCCCUCCCGGACAACGAGGCAUACGCUCUCCUGACAGACAUUUGGUCCCGCGGUGCAGUCCCCGUGGUCCACCGCGCUCUCCCGAUCUUGUUUUCCUGGCUGCUCGUCGGAUUGGGUACUGCUACCUUUGGUCACUUUCGCCGUUGUCGACUUGCUCGUGAAAAAUGA